AUGGCUGUUUGUGCAGGCUACAUCACUUUCCAGAUGAUCAUGGCGCCAUUAUACUACAGCGACUGGGUCAACCACGUGUGGAAUGGACUGUGGACUGGCAUCGUGUACACUUGCAUCCUGCUGAACGUGGUGACUUACAAGUACACCAGCAACCUUGACAUGAGGGAGCGCAUGACAUGGGCUAUCCUCUACGGCAUUUUUGUCGCAGUGCUGUUGGGCAUGGUUGCCAGCGUGACCCGGCUGUGGUGGCUGCGCCGGCCGCUAGACGUGCUGUGCUCUGCAAAGGAUGACCCGGAGGCACUGCGCGACCUUCGCAAAGUGUACCGCUUUCGCAACACAGCCCAGGUGGAGACCCUGGCGCGUGUCAUGCGCAAGUGGGAUGACGAUGGUCAGCCUGAUGAGGAGGCUUGUGCCCUGGGAGAGUUCAUCUACAAGUGCGGGAUUGCACGCUUCCCCAACAAUUCGAUGCUCAUGACAGCCCUGGCAAAUUUUUACUUGGAGGUCCGCAAGGAUGGCCAGGCCGCGCGCACCCAGCUGCAGCUCGCCGUCAAGGCCAGCCCAUCAAUCAUAGACCACUUCUUCAUCUACAGGGACCUGGCCAAGCAAUCCAAGGGCGAGAAAGGAGGACUGGAUCUGAUGAGCUACAUCGAAUUUCAACGCAACUACCGCGCGUGUGUGCGCGUGCACCGAGUGGCCCUCAGCGCCCAGCGUGUGCUGUGGAAGGUGCUGCUCCAUGACACUGUCUCUUUCAAGAGCCUCCAGUACAGCUUUGCCGCCAUGGACCAGGCAGAGAAGCAGGCGACGCGCAUAUACCGCAGGGCCCUCGAGCGCUACCCCUCCAAUGGGCGGCUGCUGAAGAUCUACGGCCGCUUCCUGGAGUGGGUGCGCAACGAGCCUGGCCUGGCCCAAAGGUACUACACUGAGGCCGCAAAGCAAGGCACAGGGCAGAGCCUGCUGGGGCUCAUGGGGGCCGGUUCAAGCAGGACUGAGCAGGACGAGAUGCUGAAGGCCCUUGGCGCAGUCGACGAGGUGUGUGAUGGCAUCGUCGUCGUCAAUGCAGUGGGCAUGAUUGUCGCCAUCAACAGGGCCGCCUAUGAGAUGUUUGAGUACUCUGAGGGCGAGCUGGAGACAAAGAGCGUCUCGUGCCUUAUGCCCCAGCCCUUCAGCAGCCGCCACAACAGCUACAUCUCACGUUGUGUCGAGUCUGGCAAUCCGCACAUCCUCAACAAGCAGAGGAGCAUGGUGGGCAUCACCAAGCACCAUACAAUAUUCCCCGUGAAUAUCACUGCGAUCAAGCUGUCUGGAAACGGCCAGCUCUGGGUUGCCGCCGGGACGGGCACCAUUCUCUGUGGGGAUGAGCGCUGCGCCGACACUUUUGGGCUGGCGCCUUCGGACAUCUCAGGGCGUGCCUUCUCAAGCCUGGGGCCUGACUCAGAGGCGUUGGACAGGUUCUUGCCGCCCGUGGACGUGCGUGUGGACGUGCAAUAUGCAGGCUCAGACUCGGAGGUCAUCCUCAUCCUCAAUAUACAUGCGCCGGCGCUGGCUGGUGCCAUGAUGGUGGUGGAUCAUCAGUUGCGUGUCGUGUACGCGACCAACCAACUGGGCGCCAUGCUGGGCUGCAGCGCGCGCCAUGUGGCCUCCAUGGACCUGGCGGCCAUCAUUCCGCCACCCUACAGCCAGAUGCACGCGGGCUUCAUGAAGCUCUCCACCCACGACGACGGGGAGCACGUGCAGCACACGGUCCGCGUGACGCCCUCGUCCGACGAGGCCGCCAUGGACAGGGCGCAGCUGGUGCUGGGGGUAGACGGGGACGGGGUCAUCACGCGCGUCAACCCUGGGGCGACCAGGGCGCUAUUUGGCUUCAAUCCGCAGGACAUGGUGGGGCGGCCCGUGCGCUCCGUUGUCAACGUGUUUGAAGAGUGGGCCAGCAGGCACGGGGAGGAUGAGUCGCUGCUCACAGCCCUGGGGGUCAGAGCGUUGGAGGGUGCAGAGGAUGCAUGGCGUGUGGGGGUGCUCACCAGGGGACACGCAGGUGCCAAGGAGGACGAUGCCAGCUUGAGCGUGUCCUCCUUCAUGGCCGCCGUGCAGCAGCGCGGCCGCGUGCGGCCAGCCCUGCUGCAGGCGCACGUCGUCACAGCAAACCCCGACGAUGACACCUGCACCCGCGGCGGCAGCGGAUCCCUCGCUGCCACCACCAUCCUGGCCUCUGCGACAGCUGCGGCUGGAAACGAGGGUGACGCGUCGCUCCAGCUGGUGCUGUGGCGCGCUGACGCACUGUCUGCAGUCAUUGAGUUGGACCAGGCGCUGAGAGUUGUGAGGGCGGAUGCUGCCGCUGGGCUGCUGUUCGGGGUCAGCAGCAAGCUGCUGGUCAAGAUGGACUUCAAAAGGCUGGCCGGACUGCCGCAGAGCGCCACCGCCGUCGACCUGUUGACGGCUGCCACAGGAGCUCCAGGGCCUGGGAAGAGGGGCGGCCUCAAGGCGGGCGCAGCACCAAAGGUCGGCGUGCGCAAGACGCUGCGCGCCACGCAUGCGGACGGCGGGCCGCUGGUGCUGCACAUGCAGGCUGUGUCCAUGCCAACUCGUGGCGAACAAAGAAUCGCAGUGCGCCUGCAGCUGGCAGAGCCCUCAGCCGGCAGCAUGGAGCCACUACUGGCGCUCAAGAGUGUGACACUAUCGCCUGCGGGCGCAUUCCCCGUCCGGGCCGCUACCGGCGACAGCGAGUCCAGCGGCAGCAGUAACGCCGGCGGCAGCGGCGACAGUGGUCAGGCUGCAGGCGAGCAGGGCGCGAUGGCCGGCUGCAAGGUUGGUCCUGGUUCGAAGCCCGUCGGGUUUCGCAAGGUGGCGGCGCUGGACAAAGGCGGGGACGAUGAAGCCAACGUUGGCGGUGACAGAGGCAGUGAUGCGGAGCUGCGAGGCGCGCAAAGAGCGCAGGAGGACCCCAGGAGUCGCGUGGCAGAGUGGGUCAGGCAGUUAGAGGCAUGCAACAAGGGCCGACCAGCGGAGGAGGACAGGAGCGACGGAGGAGCAGAGGUGGAGAAGAAAGGGGGCGGCCGCAGAGGCAGUGGCGGUUUGCGUGACGGCGGUCUUGGCCUUGCUCCUGUCAGAGGCGGCGGCAACAGCGCUGCCUUGGCCGACGACAGCCGCACGCACCACCCCGCCCCGGGCGCCGGCAACAAGCCUGGCCUUGGUGCAGCGGCGAUGGGCGAGGCCGCUGAGAGCCAGGUGUCUGGGUCAGAGCCCGGCGACGGCGAGAGCGUUGCCGCAGGGGACCAUCACGCUGACGAGGACCUAGCCUCAGACUUCAGGCGCGCCAAGCGCCUGAAAAAGCUGAAGCGGAUGCUGACCAGCACCGCAGCACAAUCCUGCACACUGCGCUUCCAGCAGCACACGUGGCUGUGUGUUGGCAUGCUGCUGAUGGCCCACAUUGUGGGGUACGCCAUACUGUCUACCCAGCUACAGAAACGGUCUGAGGACAUGAACAGCACUGGCGACAUGACCUUCACGACCGACCGCUUCCAGCGCGUGGCCAUGCGCACUCACUUUGCUCAGAGGUGCUCCCUGCCCGAGUUUGCCGGCUUUGAGGUGUGCUCUCCGGCGUCCCAGAAGAACUCCUACAAGCGCCUGCUGACCAACCUUGACCUCAUCCACGCGGGCCACAUGGAGCUGUACUUGGGCGAGAACAAGUUGAGUGCAUUCCCAGAUCCGCGGCUGUAUGACUUCUGGACGCACCACAAGCUGCCAGAGCAGGUGUGGAGACAAGGGAGCUCAAACAGCAGUGGAGUUAUGAGCUCUCGCAAUGCGACUUUGUGGGAGCUGGGCAACAGGUUCAUAUCUGCCGGGUAUGACGUGUACUCCAUCGGGCAGCGUGUAGGAGCAGCUCUUGAGAAUGAAACCUCAUUCAGAUACAUGCACCUCAACGGACCAGAAUCGCUGUCGUUUGGGUACAGGUGGAGCCUUGAUCUGCAGGUGGACUUUUCCUAUAUGUUGCUUGGGAACCUCAGCCGCUGGCUAAUCGUACUGCUAAUUGUCGAGGCUUUGGUGAUCCAAGGCGCCUGCCUGUUCUACCAGUUCAUCCUAUUGCGCACAGUCAACAUCCAGCAUGCGAUGCGCUUCAGCGUCUUCCUGGCCCUGCCAUCAGCCACCAUACGCAUAAUGGCUAGCCGGCAGAUGGCGGUCGAUGAUGACGGGCACGGGGAAGUGGAUGACGACGACGAUCUUGAGGUGCUGAUGACUCAUGAGCAGAGUCGCGCCGGCUACACCAACACCAGUGGCGCCGCAGACGCGGGUGGCAAGAGAGGCACAAAGAGCGUGCGCCUGGCGGCCGACGACGACGGUGAGGACUGGGUUGUCAGCAGCGCUGCUACCAAGGCGAAGAACGACAAGAAGCCACCGCUGCCCAAGACGCUGUGGCAGCAACCCUGCCAUGCGCUGCUGUCGGCCUGGAUGGACUCCGAUAUCAAGCUCAACGGCAAGAAACUGGUCUCCAACAACAAUGUGGUCCUGAAGCUUAUGCUCCCGCUGCUCGUGUGGGCGGUGGCUGUCCUGGCGGUGUUUGGAAUCUCCUUCCAGAGAUUGGCCGGGCUGCAGGGGCCUCUAGCGUCGCUGAACGCGGCGGCGCGGGUCACUUACCUCUUCAGCUCCGUCCGCCUGACGGGCACCUACCUGGCCUUCAACACCGACCGCAGUCAGCAUGACGGCUUCAGAGACACCCUGCUGCAGACGAUAGCUGACAUGAGGAAGGAGUGA